GAAUCCUCAAAUGAUGCAACUCAAAACCUCCGAUUCCAUUUGAUAACUAACAAUGGGGGUUUCCUUCAAGGUUUCCAAAAAAGGCACUCGAUUUCGGCCCAAACCUAAACCUCAACUCCUUACACACGAACAUGUCGAUCCACCUUCUCAAAUUCACACCAAUCAAUCCGUUAUUUCGACUCCAAAACCAUCGGUUGAUGUUACGGAAAACAAAAAAGAUGAUGCCGAAAUUUCAGAUGCGGACAUUUCUUUCUUCAUAAAUCUCUUUCCAGAUGGAUAUUCGAUUGGAAACCCGUCUGAGAAUCGAGCUAAUCAAGCCACUGUACAAGAUGAUCCGAAGUUCUUGCACCCAUAUGAUCGGACAUCAGAAAGCAUGUUUACGGCUAUUGAGCGUGGCUUGUUACCUGCUGAUUUUUUGGAUGAUAUACCAUGCAAAUAUGUCAAUGGAACAGUUGCUUGUGUGGUGCGAGAUUACAGAAAUUGUGGGUUGGAAGCAGGAGUUAAUGGUUCUUCUGCAGAUUCAUCAACACCUAUUACUUCCAAAAUACGUCUUAAAAUGUCGUUAGAGAAUGUAGUGAAAGAUAUGCAUCUGAUUUCUAAUAGUUCUUGGACUUAUGGUGAUUUAAUGGAAGCAGAGGCCCGUAUAUUGAUGGCCCUAAAUCCGAAGCUAGAUCUUGACCCGUUUCCCAAUGUGGAUAGACUCUGCAAACCUCCAACUUCCACGAAUCUGAACUUGAAUAUUCGGGAACUUAGACGGAAGAGGUUGAGACAGAUGUCGGGCUUAGAAAAUCCGGCCAACGGGAAGAAGCUUUGCAUGGACCGAGGCCCAGAAAACUCAAAUGUGGGCCCCAUGGUGCAGCAGCCACCCGAUCUUGUGAACCAAACCAUCCAAAACACCGUUCCCGCAUCUUCUUCAUUAUCUUAUCAACCAAAAUAUCAAAUAACGUCUGGAUUAGCGCCUGUUCAAGACAUGAUGAAUUCGUAUACCGACUCUAUGAAUUCAAAUUUAGGUAAGAGAGAAAACCAAGAUGGUCAACUGUCCCCUAUGACAGGUUUGACCAAAAGAGCUAGGUCAAAUUCAAUGGGUCUUGACGGAAGUCAACAACCGCAAAUGGAUGUAUUCGAUUCACUCAUGCAGCAGCAACAUCAAUCGAUCGGGAGAGCGACUCAGUUACCUAAUAAUACCGGAAUCCAAAAGUAUCCAUUUGACGGAAGUUUUAAUCAGGAUCCAUUUACAACGGGCCAACCCGGAAGCAGAUACAAUCUAAAGCAAGAACCUGUGGACUCUGAGCUAAAUCGAAACAUGCAUAUGGUGGAUUCAGGUGUUGACCCGCGACUACAGCAACGGCUGAAUUCGCAGUUCGCAAGAUCCAACUUCCCUCCAAUUCCAUGGAAUAAUAAUAAUCUGGAUAAUUCUCGAAAAGAUGAUCAGUUUCAGAGACGGAAAUCAGCUCAAAGUCCGCGUGUAUCUUCUGGGGCGUUGCCGCAAUCUCCACUGUCGUCAAAAUCAGGGGAAUUUUCCAGCGGGUCUCAUGGCGGGCAGUACGGGGCACCUUCAGCGAUGGGAUCAUCCCAACGGGACAAAUCAGCCGUGACUUCAGUUCUAGCUGCUGGUGGGGUGGGAUCUAUUACUAAUAACGCUCAAAUGGCAGGCAGGAGAUCAAAUUCUGUCCCGCAAACCCCUGCUAUUAGCGGGGUAGGAUCUCCGGCUAGUGUCGGUAACGUUGGUGGGCCCUUUAAUGCCGCCAGUCCUCUUGUUGGAAAAGAUUUUGAAAAAACCAUGCGUGAUAAAUUCUCCAAAAUCGAGUUGUUAACCGUCAGGCAUCAAUUGAACGUUAAAAAGAACAAGGUCGAUGAGUACAAAGAAACUACAACGUUUCCUACUCAACAAUUGAAUCAUUUUCUCUAUAACGAUCAAAAUAACGAAAACCCGAAAGAUGAAGACUGCAAAAUGCCUUUGUCUAAAUCGCUUGUGGGAGGGAGCAUGAAUGUUUGCAAGACCAGAGUUUUAAAUUUCAAGCAGGAUGAACGUGUACUCCAAGGAAAUGGGUACGUAGUUGUGCCAAAAUCACGAACUAGAAUGAUAUUGUCGGAAAAACGAGACGAUGGCACUGUUGCAAUGCAUUAUGGAGAGUUGGAUGAUUAUGAUUACUCGUCAGUAGAAGAAUACCUUCCUACCCUUCCAAAUACUCACGUUGCCGACUUGCUUGCAGCGCAGUUCUGCACACUGAUAAUUCGUGAAGGUUAUGAAGUUGAAGGCGAUCAUCUUCAACCAAAGCCAACUAAUAUUGUUCGAUCUUCUGGUGAUCAACCUAAUAACAAUGCAUCUGUAAUCACCCCCAAAGUUGAAAUCCCGGAAUCGGUUUCAGGCCAGCCGUCUAACGAAAUUGCAAAACCAACCGAUAGUGGACCAAAUAAUAAUAACGGAUCAGUAAAUUCAUCAGGUGCAAGAAUGCAUCCACCCGCAAACUCACAACCGCUGCAAAUUCCUCAGGGUGGGUUACCAGCACGACCGAUGCAACCGGACUCACAACCGUCGUUCCAACAAAACCCGCACUUGAUGCAACAACAGCUGCAAAGAUCGUCAGCUAUGAUGCUUGGAUCAAAUCCGUUAUCGCAUUUAAACGCAAUGGGACAGAAUUCAAACAUGCAACAAUUAGGUCAUAUGUUGAAUAAACCGUCCGCGCUACAGCUUCAAAUGUUGCAGCAACAACAACCGCUUCAAAUGCAGAGGAAAAUGAUGAUGGGACUUGGUAAUGCUGGGAAUAAUAUGGUUGGGCUUCAAGGUAUGGGGAAUAUGAUGGGUGGGACCCGUGGAAUUUCGCCGCAAAUGACGGGGGCGAUUUCAGGAAUGGGUAAUAAUAUGGGUCAGAACCCGAUGAGUAUGAGUCAGGCGUCGAAUUUUAGUAACAUGAUAAGCCAGCAUCUUAGGUCUGGGCAAAUUUCGCCAGCUCAGGCUGCGAUUAUGACGACAAAGCUUAGAAUGACACAGAACCGGAAUAUGUUAGGUGGGGCCGCAGGGCAAUCUGGUAAUAUUACUGGGUUGACGGGUGCUAAUCGGCAGGUGCAUCCGGGGUCCGGUAACUACUCGAUGCUGGGUCCCAAUAUGAACCGAGGUAACAACAUUAACAACAUGAACAUGAACCCAAUGCAACGCACCAACAUGGCCCCACCAAAAUUGAUAUCGGGGAUGAACGCUUACAUGAAUCCGCAACAACAGCAGCAGCAGUUACCACAACAGCAAAUGCCACAUCAGCAAUUACCGCAGCAACAGCAAAUGCCACAUCAGCAAUUACCACAGCAGCAGCAAGAAUCAACAUCACCGUUACAAGCAGUUCUAUCGCCACCUCAGCAGGUGGGUUCACCGUCAAUGGGACUACCGCCCCAACAACAGGCUAGCCCCCAGCAAAUGAGUGCGCGAACCCCGAUGAGCCCGCAGUUAAGCUCUGGAACCAUCCAGCCGCCAAUGAGUGCGGGUAAUCAAGAGGCGAAUUGUCCUGCAAGCCCGCAGUUGAGUUCACAGACCAUGGGGUCUGUUAGUAGUAUGGCGAAUUCACCAAUGGAUAUGCAGGGUGUCAAUAAGAGUAGCUAGCGCGAUUCGUAGUAAUAUUUUGUGUUUUUUUAAAGUAAGUUUGUGUAAUGGAGAAUAGUAUAUGCGAGUAUAGAUGUGUACAUGUAUAUGCUUGAACCUUGGACCAUAUAUAUGGUCUAAUGUCUACAUUUAAAUGUUUCAUAAUAUCAACAUUUAGGAUUUUUCUUA